GAGAAGAAGAAGAAGAAAAAGAAGAGAAAGAAAGAGAGAAAAAGAAUGAUCGAUAAACUGUUGGUGUGGGAUACAUGAGACGUGCGCAUUUGAAAAAAAGAAGAUAGAAAGAAAGAAAAAAGUGAAAGAACAAGAAAGAUAGAAAGAAAGAAAGAAAAGACUAGGAUAAUAGUAAAUCAGAAUCGUAGGUCAGUAUCAUUGAGAUCAUUCUACGAUAUAGAAGCUAGAAAGACUAUCAACUAACUUCUUCGCGUGGAUUUGUUUCACGAUCAGCUGAUUUCUUACAUCUUAGUUAUCUUCUGAAUAACGUCGUGCAUAUAGAUAGAUAUAUACAUACAUACACACACACACACAUAUAUAUAUAUAUAAAGAGAGAAAGAGGAAGAAAGAUAGAAAGAUAGAGAGAAUAGAAAAAAAAAAAUAAACAAGAUAAAAUGUUGACGAGUACAAUUGGUCCAGCUGUACAAUUAGGAUUACGUUGUGUUGGAGUGUGGCCUAAUUCUAUGAUGAUAUUUCCACGGAUUUUUUGGAUUGUGACAGUAUCGUUUAUACAAACGUUUCAAUUUCGUUAUCUUCUUGCACAUUCGGGAUUCAUGGAACUUAUGAGAAUCAUGGAUAGUGUCAGUCUUACUUUGGCAUACACGAUUACCAUCUUGAAGCUCUUCGCUUUUUGGAUUAAUUAUAACAUAUUUCACGACAUCUUGGAAAUGAUGGAAAAUGAUUGGGAAAAAUCUACGAAAAUUGAAUGUGACCAUAGUACUAUGACGAGUAAAAUAAUAUUGGCUCAUCGUUACUCGAAUUUAAUUAUUAGCGUUUAUUGCAUCUCUGCAUUCUUUUAUGCAACUGGUACAUUCGUUAUCGGCGAUAAUAAUUACGAUGAGGGUGAGGAACGUGAACUAUUAUUGAAGAUGAUUCUACCCUUCAAUAGCAACAAGUCGCCGAUAUAUGAAAUUGUUAUUAUAACGCAAUUUUUUCAUCAACUUUUAACAACAGCUGUGGCAGCCGUUCUGAGCUCUUUGAUCGUCGCACUGAUACUUCAUCUUGGUGGUCAAGUCGAUAUACUUUGUGAAAUGUUGUUACGCAUAAGUGGAAAGGACAUCGAAGGGAACUUAUCGCUCGCCAUAUUGAAAAAUGCAAUUGCAAAACAUCAAAGGAUCAUCCUAUUCUCGGAUAACAUAGAAUCUCUUUUCACAUACUUCAGUCUCAUGCAAUUCAUGUCGAACAUACUUAUCAUUUGUUGUCUUGGCUUUAUGAUCGUUACCUCGAUCAGCGAAGGAGAAAUCGAAGCGGCGAGGCUGACUAAGUCGAUACUAUUCUACGUAGCGAUCGUGAUCGAGGCCUUUGUCAUCUGCUUCGCAGGAGAGUACGUCACUGCCAAGGGUAAAUUAAUCGGCGAUGUCGCAUACGAAUCACUAUGGUACGAUUUAAAGCCAAACGAGAGUCGAUUAUUACUAUUGAUUAUUCUACGAUCCCAAAAGAAAUUAACUAUAACAGCUGGAAAGAUAAUGGAACUAUCUUUGGAACGUUUCACAGGGAUUAUAAAAGCCUCGGCAUCGUACAUAUCCGUUCUCCUUGCGAUGUAUUAAUCAUCUGAUUUAAAUAACGAUUAUUACUAUGUAUAAAUAUACAUAUAUAUAUAGGUAUAUGUGUGUGUAUAUAAAGGGUGAG